AUGUUCGCACAGUCCAUCAUCCUGGCCUCUGCUCUCGCAGCUGGCACAAUGGCCCAAACCACCUCAGUCACCAGCUUGUAUCUCUACGGCUCGGAGGGCGAUAAUAUCGUGGCUUCUGUGAUAUCUGCUGCCCCCGAUGAGACGACGUAUUUCGUUACUUGCGCACCUGGCACGGAUGGUAGCGAUUGUGGAUUUGGACCGGGAAUCACUUUCGUCAAUGGCCCGUCGACCCUUGCUCUUCACGUCACUGAGGCCGAUGCUUUCACGAUGGACGUCGACUGCAAGAUCGCCUCUGACACGGCGACCUGCGCGGAGACGGCCGCUGGUCCCGAGGCGAACGACCCUGGUACCACGACUGGUGUCAUUGCCAGUGACCUCUCGAACAGCUUGCUGCCUGUCACGAUCACAGCCGGCCUGGAGAAAAUCCAGGGCGGCGGCAGCACCACGGCCACUGGCUCUUCCACCACCUCCGGGACCGCCGAGCCGACUGGGUCUGCGUCGUCUGGCCCGUCAGAGACAGGUUCUUCUGCCUCGAUGACUGGCAAGGCUACCUCUACAAAGGGUACUUCCACGUCCGCAUCCGCAUCGGCUUCCUCGACUUCAAACUCUUCGACUAGUGGUGCCAUGGCCGGGGCAGGCCAAAAUCUCGUCCUUGCUGGGCUCGCUGGUGUUGUUGGGCUUGUGAUGGCAUUGUAG